UUAUUAUUAAAUGAAUCUUUCAUGGGCUUGUGCUUUAUUAUUAUGUAAAACCGUUUCAUGCUUAAGCGGGAAGCACAUUGAAAUUGAUUGGUUCAUUUCCUUAUGCAUAUAUUUGUGGACCAAUCAAUUUCUUUAUGUUUAUGAUUAUGCGCUUAUGCAAAAGUGUGUGCUCCUCGCUUUAAUCUUGACUUUAACCUCAAAGUUUUAGCCGCUUUCUAUUCAUCGUUAUCAAUUAUUCGUUAUUAACAUUUUAUAUAAGCAUCAGAAUAGUUAUUAUUUUUGUUUUAUUUGUGUUGCAUACGUGCCAGUAAAAAGCAGUACAGAGUAAUAUUAAUGCAAUUGUAACAGCAGCGAGAGAGAGAAGACUUCAUAUAUUAAAUAUUGUUGUUGUAUAUGUUUUGUUAGUAAAACGUAUCAUUGUAAAAAAUAAUAUAUCAAUGCAAUUCUGACAACAGCGAGAAAGAGCAGACUUCAUAUAUUAGAUUGGUAAGGAAAAUUUUAAUUUGUAGAUAGCAUUUUAAUAUUAAUUGCUGGUACUGAAAAUCCAAAAGUAUACGUAACAUUGACCACAGCUUUCCGGUAUGAAUAAUUAAUAUUGGAAUACAUAUUUAACUUUGUAUUCUUAUGUUAGAUAUGUAAGCAGAUGUAAAUAAUAAUUAUUAUUUUUGUUGUAUGUGUUGUGUAUAUCUUGUCAACAGAACAUAGAUUGUGUAUAUUUUGUCAGCAGAACAGAUUUGCAGUGCAAAUUGUAACACACUACAAUUCUGACAACAACGAGAAAGAAAAGGAUAUUCACAUAUUAAAUACGAAUAUAUUUAAUAUGUUGAAUAAAAAACAUUUACACAAAUGUAUAAUUACUUCAUCCUCACAACGAAGGAAAAUGAUAAAAAUGGAAACAGAUUUUAUAAUGAAAUCUUAUGAAAUCAAUCAAUCAACAUCGGCUUCAAUAUCAUUGUCUGAAAAUGCAUCACAAAGUGAAAAUGAACAUCAUGAUCAUAUAGUACAAACUGAAUUUGAGAAUAUUAUACUUAAUGAUGAUAUAGUACAAAAUGAAUUUGAAAAUAUUUUACGUGAUGAGGAUCUAAAUGAAUAUGAAUUUUCUGAUGAAAAUAUUAGAGUCGUACAAAAAUAUAAAUAAUGUUACAGAAAAUAAUAUAUACAGAAAAUAUAUAUAUAUAUUUCCAAAUAGAUACAAUAAAAAAAAUUCAUAUGAUCAUUUAUAUGACGAGCCUUGUGCUAAACGUAACGCAAGUAAUACUGGUUUAAGUAAGUAUGAAAUUAUCAUUUAUAAAUAUAUGGCUUAUUUAUAUUAUUUUAUAAUGUACUACUUUACAAUUCUAGCAAACUCUGAUUUUCAACGUUUUAUAAUAAGAAAAAUUCUAGACAUAGGAUUUCAACUGCGUUCAUUGCAAGAACAAGGAAAUGUUAUGAAUAGCAGAUUAGAUACUAUUUUGCGAAAUCUUCAAAUAUCUUCAUCUCAUUGGACAGAAGGCGAAACUAAUAUGCAGGAUGUUAUGAACAAUUUUCCCAUUGACAAUAUAGAAGAUUUACGAACUUUUGAAAAAUUGUUAAUUGAAAAUCAAAUAAAUCGCCAAAAAUUAAUUAAAGAAUUAUCGCGUAUUGGCGGUAAUGAUAUAAAAAGAAUUAUCUUUAAUCUUUUACGGGCAUUAAUUUCCGAUAAAUUAGCGUGUCUGUUUAAUUACAUUGGAAAGAAAAAACAAAUAUUUUAUGAUUUGGAAAUACGGAAAUAUUCAGUAAGUGUUGUAAGAGUUCAUUUUAUGAACGCAACAGAGCAAAUUAUUGCUGAACCAAUCAAAUCAUGGUUACGACAUGCAAAUGAACGUUUUCAAAAGAAAAUAAAAGACAACACAGAUAGACCUGCAACUAGCAGUAGUACUGCAUAGCAUACGAUUGUUAAAAGUUUAAGAUUUUGCGGUAUAUUAUUAUAUGUAUUUUCGGAGGAGCUGCAUUUAUUUGGACGAAAAUAAUCUCGACGUUUUGGUUACGUUUUGUAAGCGUUAUUAUAUUAAUAUUAGACUGAUUAGCUCCUCUUCAUCAUUAAGUGAACAUAGCCAACAAAACGCGGCUUUUUAUACAAUUGAUGUAUUUCAUAAGUAAGUUAUUAUUUAGUUUAUUUGGUUAAUACGCACAUUUGUCAUAAUAGUUUAUUCUUAUAAGAGUCAAGUAGUGAUAUUAUUUUUUAAAUAUAUGUAUGUGUGUGUGUGUGUGUGUGUGUGUGUGUGUGUGCGUGUGCGUGUGCGUGUGUGUGUGUUGAUGGCAUUUAUGUUUUGUACAUUGCUUGAUUACAGAAAUUUAUAUUAAUUUUAAUAUUCAUUGAAAAUUUAUACGCGCGUUUAUAAAAAAGUACAAAUUUAUUUGUUAGCAAAUAUAAUAGCUUUAUAUAUUUAAUAUAUAUAAGUUGUUAAUAAGUUAUGUUUUUAUAGAAUACUUCGAAUAAGUUUAGCUUUGUUAGUAAACUUUUAGAGUAGUUUGACUAAGUUUAUUUCAGUUUUGUUAAAUAACUUUUAGAAUAGUUUGAAUAAUUUAUUUCAGUUUUGAUCAUAAACUUUUAGAAUAGUUUGAAUAAGAUUAUAUUUAUUUUUGAACUUCUAUAAAAUCGGAAAAAAUGUAAUGUCACGCGUGCAAUUUAACUUAAUUAUACAUAUAAGCUUAUAUAAUUUUCUAAGUUGCUAAGUUUUGAUUAAAAAGCUGUGACAUAUUCGUAAGUUGAUAAUAAUAAACUGUGAUUAAAAACUGACAUUGAUUAAAAAGAACAUGAUA